AUGACACAAAUAAAAGAAAAAACGAAAGUUGAAGAAGUAGAAGUUUUGGAUAUAACUCAAAUGGCAGCAAUUUGGACAAUUAAUCGAACUCUUCAAUGGGUUCCAAUAUUUGUUGAUUAUUCAUUUUUCACCGAAUUCCAAAUAUCAUUUUAUUUUUAUUCAUGUAUAAACCUGUUGACUUUUUUGAUCUGCUCAAUUAUUGGAUUCUCACAAAUGCAUGUUUUCUAUUAUCAAACUGUUAUUCAUCCAAAUUUACGUGUAAUAUUUUUGGCACAAUUUGCAAUUCAUCAACUUUUUCUAAUUUCCGAUGUUAUUCUAGUUUCUUAUCAAGUCGGAUUUAUCCCCAGGCAAUGUAAGUUUUUCGAUAUUUUGUUAUUCUUUUUACUUGCUUGAAAAGCAGAAGAAAAACUUGUUAUUCCCCUUUAAAAUGUAUUUCUAAUCCUACAAAAAUACAAUUUUUUCUUAAUUAAUCAGACGACUAUCCUGGGGAUUUUAUAAUAAUAAUCGCUGGAGAUAUCAAAGUAGCUUUUAUGCUUUUCAGUUUUUUAAGCAUAGUUAUGGUAGUUAUUGAAAGACUUAUAGCAACUAUAAGAAUAUCAACAUAUGAACAGGAAAAAUCAAUUACAAUUGGAGUGAUCAUAGUGAUUUCUAUGGUAUUUUCUUUCUAGAAAAAAAGAUUAUGAGGAAGGAACAAGUUUUUUCAGAUGUUGUGUUCGAUUGGUUUUGCGUAUGGAUUCACACAUCGAGUUCUCGGAAUAAAUUCAGCCAUAGGACUGAUUUUAUUUAUGGGUUUACCAUGUUGUAUAAUUUAUCUUACAAUUUUCAACUUUAAUAAAUCUCGAAAGAAAAAACUGAAACUUAUGCAAAACUACAAUGCCUCUGAUUAUACAUUGAGUAUCAGAUAUCAACUGAAAGAAAAUUUACAUGUUUUCAAGGUACUCUAAAGAUGCGGAACUAUUUCUGAGUACAUAUUUUUCAGACUCUUAUUCAUAUUGUGCUGGGAACAUUUACUUGUAAUGUUAUCUCAACAACAUUUUUAUAUCUUCUCUCAAUAUUGAAUCCUUUAACCGAAGAUCGUGAAUAUCAUCCAAUUCUUGCAUUUUUAGUCGAACUUUUGUGGGCGUUGUGAGUUUAAUUUGACAUCACUUCUUUGAAAAAAUUUAGAAGCUUACUAUGUAUGUAGUAAACAAGUUUUUGAUAAGAAGAAGAAGAAGAAGGAAGAGGGGUUUCCAUGAAAAUAUGGCUCAAAGGAAAUGGAAGGUUCGAGCUUGAAAACUAAAAAUUGACAAAGGAGUCGUAAACAAUUAGAAAACAAAUAUUUUAUCAAAAAUUUCAAGUUUAAGUCAAAAUCACUUUUCUCGUUUAUUUUCAGAUACCCAGUUUGCCAAAUGAUUCAAAUCAACCAAAUCGAAGCCAGAAGACAACGUCAAAGUUCUGCGAAAGUUGGAAUCGGUGGACAAUCAAAUACAAAUACGUAUUUUGAUCAAUUGAAAAAUACUUGGAAAUAA